UGAGAAGGAUACAUUUGUUCGACGUGCAAAAGCGGAUUUAUUUGUGUUGUCAAAAAUUAUUUUCGAUAAAUAAUCAAUUAUUUCCCAGCAAUUUUGCCUCAAUUGCGUGCAAAUUCCCAAGUUGGGGCACCUUCGUGCCGUAUUAAUGUGUUUCCGCGCGCCCCCAAGCACGGGAAAAGUCUAAAUUCGUGAUAUUUCGGAAGUGUUGGUGCGAUAUUUUUAUUUUUUCUGUACGCGCAGCCUUUUCUCGCGUCCGGGGGAAAUAUAAAAAAAAUUACUUCUCCGGGGGUCUUCCAGCCCCCACAAAGGGCCCCCAAGGUACGAUAUUUGUAGCGCUGUAGUUGGCCCCAAGGUGGCGAGAACAUGUCUCGAUGGAAUAAGAAUCGUAAUCAGAGCUUCUCAGUGCCCAUUGAUUCCCUGAUAAAGGAGAAGGAGAAUACAAAUCGCCCCACGGCUGCCCGUUCCGCAGCUUUUGCCAAUGUUGGCAAAUGGGGGGUCACCAGUUUCACCUCCAUACGCGGGGUCUCACUCUACGGGCGUAGUGGCUUUUCUCAGUACAGCCCAAAGCAGGAACCACCCAGUCCAGCGGCAUACAUAUCCCCAACACAGGAAACCCACGUGAAUCCAACUUCCCCCACUGCUGAGGCACCAAAACCCAAGAAAUUCUUCAAAAGUCGCAACACCGUACCCGCAGAGCCUUUCCUCAUUCCCUCCCCACAGACCUCCCCAUCGGUGGAGGCUGCCAAACCACCGGCAUUCUACACGCAGGCGACAACUUCUGGGGAGGCAACUCAGGCACCACGAGGCCCUGGAAGGCCACGAAAACCCCGAGAACCGAAACCAGAGAAGCCAGCAAAGAAGAAAGUCCCCAAAAGUACAAAAAAUCGAGCAAAAGCAAUCAAUGAAGAUGCCCCGCAGGUGCCCAAAGCUCCUAAGACGAAGGAAGCAUACUCAGAAGCUGCAACAGCUGUACCCAGUAAGAGAUACCUGGCCAGGAACAGGAAAGUGGUCAACUACAAUGAAACAAAUAGUCGUAGUCCCACUCCGGAGCGUCCGAAAGUCAUUGUGCAACCGGAGCCAGCUGCUAGUCCGCCGAAACCAACCCCCGUGGAUCAUCCUCCCAUCGUCCUGCGGAUUUCUAAGGGAACAUCGAGACUCGUGAGUACAGAUAGCGAUGAAGUGAAUAACUCACCGACGUAUACAGCUCCACCGCAGACUCUGCCACCACCACCGCCAACCCCAACGGCUACAAUUGGUGACACAGUUGGGGCACUCUCAUCCACGGCGGAAUUGCUGGCAGUUCUGUCUGAGCAACCAACUCCGGCGCCUUCUGUGCCCGAGGCACCACCGCCGAAGCGACCUGAAGAGGAGAGUGAGGGGCUCAAGAUAAAGAUUCGCACAGACACCAUUAAGGGUUUCAUAAAUAGCACGAAUUUGCCGCCGGAAACAAAACCCACGCGUGGGAGGAAGAAAGCAGCUGCCAAGGCGGCAUCACCCAAGCUCAGUGCUCCCCCGGCGGAGGGUCGACAAACACGGGCAUCACGAAGGAAUCAGGAACCUGUGCCAAGUUCACCGCCCAAAGUGACCCUGCUGCUGCCACCGGUAAAGAAAACGGGAGCUUCGCCGCAACCAGGGACGGAUAAUUACGAACUCUACCGCACUUUGGCAUCCCCAUCGGAUAAGGAUUUUGACUCUCAGAGCUCCAUUCUCGGGAGUGUCUCAUCAAAUAAUACUCCCACACCCGUUGCCAUCGGUGGGUUGCCACUGGAGGAGACCUGUGUCAUCCGGAGGAGGGAAUCCAGCGACGGAACGAGCGAUAUCGAUACAUCGCAGCAUAGUUCACUCGUUGCCCCGCCGUCGGAGAUUAAUCUACGUUUGAAUGCCAUCUCGGAGUGUUCGGAGAUUGAAGAGACAGACACAGCUGUGAAGCCUGCUGUUGAGGAGAAGAAGCCACCACCGAAGGUAAAAGCACCAGAGGCACCGGCCCCAAAUCGUCGUGUUACCCGGAGAGCCAUGAAAUCGACUCAGGAAGAAGUGAAGGAACCAUCACCACCCCCAGUGGUCAAAGAACCACCCAUUGGGCGUGUUACGCGAAAUAAUAACAACGGAAAUAUCCCAAAGGCUCAAGUAAGUCCCCCCAAAGCUCCUGCACCUGCCAAAGCUUCCCCCAUAAAGGCACCACCGGCACGCAGCUACGGCCGUAAACGUGGUCGAGCGGCGAAGAAUGAGCAGGAGAAUGAAGCUGCUGCUGAAGCACAAAAAGAGGAACCCACAGCUUCUCCGGACAAUCCUCAGGGCACAACAAACAACUCAUCAGCCAUGGAUGAAGCAGCUCCCACUGCGGAGACAGAGAGUCCCGGAAAGACACGCGCAAAGUACCGACGUGGUCGGUAUGGGCAGAAGGAGGUGAACAAUGAGACUUCUCAGGAGUCUCUCGAAAUGAAAAAUCAGGGUAAUGAAGGUGAAAGUGAGAGAAAUAGUGCGGAAAAUAAUUCAGAAAAACCAAGUGUGAAGCUCCUGAUCUCAAAGAAGAAGGGCAGUAUCUUCAAGAGUCGUGCUCUUGUCACGGAUGCCGAUGGCGGAAAGAAACGCCACGUGUACAAACACAAAUGGGACGACGACAACAAGGGCAGCUCGUCAGGUGAUCCCACAAAGGUACCACCUGCGGAUGAGUUCAGUUUUGAGGGUACAAGCUCCACCCUGUCGCGUCUCCCAAAGCCCACAGACGCCCUUGGGGAACGAGAGGGGCUGCGGAGUGAAGCGCAUGAGGGCAGGCAGGAGGUGCAGCAGGAGAAGUACUACACACGUGUGCGGAAUGUGAAGAAGGCGCAUCAAAUUCAGGAAAUUGGGGAGUUUCAGGAGAUGGAUGAUGACGUUGAGUACAUCCUGGACGCCCUACAGCCACACAAUCCCAUCUCCACACGCUGCCUGUCGGCCAUUCAGUUGUCCUCCAAAUGCAUGGCACCUGGUUUCCGGAUGCACCUCCGUGCCCAUGGGACUGUGACGAAGUUCUUCCGUGCCCUCCGUGAUGCGACGAAAGAUCAGAGUUUGGGUCUGUGUACGGCAACAAUUAUGUUUGUGCUGUCGCAGGAUAAUCUCAAUAUGGAUCUCGAUCGGGAUUCGCUGGAGCUCAUGCUGAGCCUCCUGGAGUCCGAUGUGAGUCAUGCGAAUGCUCUUGAUGAUGCGGGAUUGAGUCAGCAGCAGCUACAAAGGAAUAAACUCAAAGUACGUGAAUUGUGUGGAGAAGUGAAGGGGCAGGGAAAGGCGCAACAUCUGAAUUUGGACAACAUCACGGUUGGAACGUUAGCCAUGGAGACACUUCUGAGUCUCACGUCCAAACGUGCCGGGGAAUGGUUCAAGGAGGAAUUGAGGAACUUGGGUGGGCUUGAGCACAUCAUUAAUACCAUCUGCGAAUGUUGUCGUCAGAUUUCUGACUACGUCGUUGGCUGGACGGAUGCUCUGCUGGAUAAACUGCGCAAAAUUGAGCGUUGCCUGCGUGUUUUGGAGAAUGUAAUGGAGAUGAAUGAGCAGAAUCAGAGCUAUGUUCUCGGCUACCGCAAUGGGCAUGCCAUUGAGACACUCGUAAAGUUAUACAAUCUGUGUGAUCGUGAAAUUGCUCUCUAUCCCACAAAUGACCACACACCAAAGGAAAAUCCCGGCGUUGUCAUUCGCGAGGCCCUCGUGCCAACGCUCAAAGUUCUCAUUAGUCUCACGCAUCCCUUCAAUGAGCGCGCAAUGGGAGCCGUUGUGUUGGGCUCAAAGGAAGGUCUCUUCGACACGAGUCUCCAUCUCCUCCUCCAGGCACCCAACUAUGUGCCCGAGAAGUGCAUCUUUGAGCUGAGUAUCCUCGUUAUGCUGCUGCUCAUUAAUCUCACGAUGCACACAAAAGCCAAUCGCACGAUCAUCAUGGAGGCGAAUGCUCUUUCGGACUUUGGGAGCGUCUUUGAUAAAGUUCCAGCCAUCAAGGCCCUUGUGGAGUUCUUCUACAAGUGCGAAGAAAUGGCCAGAUUGGCUGAACAGAACACAGAUGAUCUCCUGGAGUCUGAUCCGAAGAAGUAUGAGAAGAAGAAUAAGACGUCUCAAGUGGAGGUUGAGGAAACAGUGACGAAAUUGCUCCAGAAAGCUGGACAUCACAUGGAGCAUACAAUGCUGGCCAGCCACGUGUGCCUCCUACUGGGACAUCUCGUUAUGAAUAGCGAGGAGAAUCAGCGUAAGGUGCGACCGUAUCUGCGGGACGCCACAUUCGACGACAUGGUGAAGGUUCUCGAGAAGUACUACAACUUUAUGAAUCUCACCGCCAGCUCUGAGGCAUCAGCGGUGGCGCAUAUAAAGUGGACAAAGGGAAUUCUCGAUUACCUGAAGAAAUGUGAUUCACAUUCCGCCAGCAAGGAUGCCGACGCCUCAUCGUCAAUCUCACGUCCUGGUGGUGCUCCUGGGGGCUUUAAUUAUUCUCAAUACAGUACAAGGUAGAUAACCGUGUGUGACCCAUUUUUUUUAGGUAAAAAAAAAAGAAACAACAAAAUCCUCUUCUAGGGCAAUUUCUCAAAGUUUUUAGGAUCAAAAUGUAGGCGCCAAGGAACAUUAUUUGAUGAGAAUUUUAGACACACUAUUUAUUAGGUAAAAUAUUAUUAUAUACAAUAAAAUCAUUAAAAAACAAACAAAUAACUUAGACGAUAAAGAAAAUGAUUUUUCUUUUUGAGACAAAGAGAGAAAAUCACAAAAGUUGAGUAAAAGAAACCCUUUAGCUGCUUAAGACGUUGUAAUGUUUUUUUUUUUAUUAAUAAAAAAAUGUUUUUUCUUCUGAUUAAUUCUCAAAAGUAACUUGAAAAUGAAGAAAAAGGAAGAUAAUGUAUCUUUGUUUUUUUUUUACACGAAUUAUCUCCUGUAGUUGAUGGUAAGAUAUUAAAGAAGAAAAAAAAGUUAAGUAAAAAAUUGUAAAAUAGAUUUUAAUGGAAUUUUCCCUACUUUAUUCAUUGAAUUUCCUCCCAAAAAAAAUUAACACGCGCAAAAGAUCUUUUUUUUUAUCAUUACGUGAAUCAUAGAGGAGAUACAAGAAGGUGAAAUUAUAUACAUAUAUUCAAUGUUACCUGUAUAAAAAUUAAGAGAUAAAAUUGUGAAGAAAAAUGCUAAUAAUAAAAAUAUUUGGACCAAUGUACCAAUUUAGCCCAAAA